AUGCGAUCCUUUUUCCUUUCUUCUAAGCGUCCAUUUUUUUACUUGCUAAACGUCUAUUUCUUUAAAACGUUUUUUCUUCUUCCAACAUGCCUUUCUUUAUUCUACCAGUCGCCACUUUUCUUCCUUCUUUCAAAAAUCCUUCUCUCUCUUCUUCUAAAUACAUCUCCUUCUUCAUUCUUCCAUAUGUUCUCCUUUCACUGUUUCAAGCGUUCCUUUAUUCCUUCUAAAUGUUCCUUUUUAAUAUUCCUUUCCUAUUUAAAAUUUUACAAACGUCCAUAUUCUCUUUCUUCUUUCAAACAUUCCUUUUUCUUUAUACUCAAUGUCUUUUCUUUUCUUUCUUUCUUCCAAAAAAAAACAAACUUUUUCUUUCCAAAUAUCCCUUCUUGCUAUCAUCGUUUUCUUCAUUCUUCUAAAUGCAUUUUUAUUCCUUUUUGCAAAUGUAAUUUUCUUCCUCCUUACAAAGGUCCCUUUCUUUUCCUUUGGAAAUAUCGCUUUCUUCCAUCUUCAAAAUGUUACUUUUAUAUUUACCCUUACAAGCGUUAUUUUCUUCAUUCUUCAAAGCGUCCCUUUCUUCAUUAUUCCAAACUGUUUGUUUCUGUCUUCUCUCUUUUAACACUUCAUUCCACUCUCUUACGUUCCUUUUCUAUCUACCUCUCCCUUUCUUUCGCCAAAAUUAUUUCUGUUUUUCUUUAUCUUUUCCAUUGUAGUCCUUUGAACAUUUUUGGAUCUUUCUUUAAACCACCCGUUCUUUGUUUCUUUUUCCUUCCAUGUUUUAUUUUUCCCUUCUUAUCGCGUUAUGUCUUUCUCCUUUCCUUCUGUUUCUUCUCUUCUAACCUAAUCUUUACAUGCUUUCAUCAGAAAUUUCCUUUUUAUUUCUGCUUUUCUUACCAUUUUCUUUCUUUACUUCCUUCGCCCUCUUUCUAUUUCACAAUUAUUUCAUUAGUUCUGUCAUUAGCUUUCUUCUUUUGCCCUUUUUAUUCUUUGGUUUGUUUCGUCUUCUCCUUUCGUUUUGGUUUUCUUUUUAGAUUGUUUUACUCAUUUUCGUUCUUUAAAAAAAAACAAAAAAAAAGAACUCUUUUCUACUUUCAUCCUCUUGAAUCUUGUUUCUUAUCACCCACUUCUUCUUUGAUAUCUUCCUUCCUUCCUUCCUUCCUUCCUUCCUUCCUUCCUUCCUUCCUUCCUUCCUUUCUCCCCCAACGUUUCUUUUUCUACUUCCCACGUCCUUUUCAUUCCUUCUGA